ACGAGGGGAUAGAAAGUCUUUUUAUCGCCGCCUUACCCCCAACAUACGGCCGUCGUUUUCUGUUUGUUGUUGUUGCGUUGAAUUUCAGCCACCUGUCGGUCAGUUUUGUGGCCGUCCGUUCAUUUUUGUGGAUUGGGCAAACUUCUUGACGAGAAGAAAACAUUGCAGCGUUUUUUUUUUCAAUUUGUGGUUGUCGAUUAAUUUUUAUUUAUUGAGCAAACGUCUCAACGAGAAGAAAACGAAGUGUUGUUUGAGUAAACUCCUCGACGGCAAGAAAAAAAGAAGAAGUGUAGAUUGGGCAAACUUCUCGACGACAAGAAAACGGCGUGUUGAUUGAGCAAACGUCUCGAAGUGGUAAGACGUUGUUUCAGCAGUAACCUUCCGCCAUGUCACCGGGAGAGGAGAAAGAGUCCCCAGAAAAAGAGUUCGCCGGUAACACGACUCUGCACGGACUCAAUAGGAUUGUCAUCGCUCCCAGCGGCUACUUCCGUGUCCUGUGGGUCGUCGCUAUCCUGGGUUCAUACUCCGGGUUUGCCUACAUGUUCAGCUCCAUGAUCAUUGACUACUUCAGUUACAGAACCAUCACUGAUACGAAGUUGGAGUUUGCUGAAGACUUAACAUUUCCGGCUGUCACGAUUUGCAACAUGAACAAGUUUGACGAAUCCAAGUUAAAGAUCAUUGACUUCUCGUACCUGUCCUUGUUCCUGUAUGGAGUUCAACUUGACGUUGACGCUAUCCUCGCCUCACCAGGUGCAUAUCCGGAUGAAACCGUCAACUCUACUCUGGAGGGCGUGACGGUGGGGGACCUCCUGUUGGAAAAAGGCUUUAACCUCCAAUGGCCUCGCAUGCCUCUCUGCAAGUGGAAGGGAAAUCCCUGUACUCAACAGGACUUCAACCACUCUUUCGGCUAUUACGGAAACUGUUACACUUUCAACGCCGACGCGAACAGCCCUCUGAAGCAGACCAUUCAAGGGUCCGGGAACGGCUUCGUGGCGUUCGUCGACCUUAAAGUGAAUGAUUACACGGAAAGUUAUUACGCGAGUGGGAAUUCCGAGGUCGGAUUGAAGCUCCUGCUGCAUGACCAGAACGAGCCUCCCAUGAUGGACACCCAGGGCAUCGCCCUCGCGCCGGGCAGCCACGCCUUCAUCGCCGCUAAACGGACAUUAUACGAGAACCACGUCCCUCCGUGGGGGGUCUGUCAGGACCUGCAGCUGGAGUAUUACGACACCUACACGCUGAACGGCUGCUAUCUGGAGUGCAGGAGUAAACACGUGGUUCGGAACUGCAGCUGUAGGCCGUACGAUCUACCAGGAACUGCACCAUCCUGCGAUCCAAACACGAUGUUUUCAUGUGUCAGAGCUGUAUUAGAUCAAGUGACCAGAGGAGAACUGGAGUGUAACUGCCCCGUGCCCUGCAGUAUGACAGCUUACAGCAUGUCUGUAUCGUACGCAGGGUGGCCCAACAAGCUCACCGGCGAGUACAUUUCUCCGUUGUGGGGCUCGACUGGAGAGUACUUAGAACUAAACGGCGUCAUGUUCAGCGUCUACUACGAGAAACUGAACUAUCAGAAAAUCACCGAGCUGAAAGCCAUGGACGGAGGACAGCUUGCGAGUAACAUAGGAGGAAUGAUGGGCCUGUUUAUCGGCGCCAGUCUGCUGACCGUCCUGGAGGUGUGGGAGUACCUGUGGCAGCGGGUACUGGGACUCCUGGGGAAACAGCGGCGUCCCCGGGUUAUCGAGGUUAAGUCUCCACCAGACGACAUGGAAAGGGGCAUACGAAAUGUAGCGUUCCCAAUGGAAAAUACAAAAAUUAACUAAACCAAGGUGCAUAUGGAGACUAUCUUUGGAAAUUUGCAGUAUCUAUUUAUCUAUCUUUUUUUUUGGAUAUAAUUUUUUUUAUUCACUUCAAUUUAUGAACCACUUAGUAAACAUGUUUUGUGUUAUGUUAAGGAACUGUAGAGACAGGUGUUUGCUCACCCUAGACUUGAAAAGUUUAAGGUUGUACCAAUUUGGGAAGCACUCACAGGCCAGUUUUUUUCCAUGGUGGUGUAGGUCUGUCUAGAUAUAUACAUAAGCGACUAUGUGUAUUCAAAUGUGGCGAGUGGUACGCUUAUCUUUAGCUGUGGAGUCUCCUUCGUCCUCUUCUUUAUUUGCUAACUUAAAGCUGACUUUAAAAUUGUAACGACCCUGGCAUUUUGCUGCGCUCUUAUCUAGAUGGGGUCGAAGGGCAGCAAGAUGGCUGCAUGUUGAGUGUGAAGUGUUGCUGUUUUAAUCCUGACGAAUCUGCUAAUUUGUUGGGCUUCGUGAUAACUUAUGAAUCGCUACCAUCCAUUCCAUCUUAC